GCUCAGUGGUAGGAAACAGCCCACACAAACACAGCGGUGCUGAGAGGAGGAGGGAGGGUGCUGGGUGUCACAGCUUGGCCUCUGUGCUCCUCCCCGAGGCGGCAUUUGUCACAGCCUCCUCAGCUCCCUCCCAUCUAGCCACCAGCACCCAGCUGAAGCUGGAGCCUGUAGGCUGGCAGCUUGGUCCUCACCAUGGCAUCUCAAGAAGGAAGCAACAGGGAGAGGUGACCCCAUAAAUACCCUGUAUGUGUGUGAGGUCUGGCUGCAGGCAGGUUUUGGGCUGAGCAAGAGCAGUGUCAGUGUCACCCUGCACACAGCAACCCCGUGAGCACGGCGAGGAGGCAGCUGGGGUGGCUGACAUGGCCAGCAUCAUCCUGGAGAGCAUCUUCUUGAAGCGCUCGCAGCAGAAGAAGAAAACAUCUCCCCUCAACUUCAAGAAGCGCCUGUUCCUGCUGACGGAGAGCAAGCUGUCCUACUACGAGUAUGACUUUGAGCGAGGGCGCCGAGGCAGCAAGAAGGGCUCGGUGGACAUUGAGAAGAUCACCUGUGUGGAGACGGUGGUGCCCGAAAACAACCCUCCCCCUGAGCGGCAGGUCCCGAAAGGGGAGGAUUACAACAUGGAGCAGAUCUCCAUCAUUGAGCGGUUCCCCUACCCCUUUCAGGUGGUGUAUGACGAGGGGCCCCUCUAUGUCUUCUCCCCGACAGAGGAGCUGCGCAAACGCUGGAUCCAUCAGCUGAAGAGCGUGAUCCGAUACAACAGCGACCUGGUGCAGAAGUACCACCCCUGCUUCUGGAUUGAUGGCCAGUACCUGUGCUGCUCCCAGACAGCCAAGAACGCCAUGGGCUGCAAGAUCUUGGAGAGCAGGAAUGGCAGUUUAAAAGCUGGGCGGUCGCAUCGCAAAACAAAGAAGCCUCUUCCCCCCACGCCUGAGGAGGACACGAUGGUGAUGAAGCCCCUGCCCCCUGAGCCAGCCCUCAGUGCAGCAGGAGAAAUGAAGAAGGUGGUGGCCCUGUACAACUACGUGCCAAUGAAUGUGCAGGACCUGCAGCUGCAGAAGGGUGAGGAGUACCUCAUCCUGGAGGAAAGCCACCUGCCCUGGUGGAAAGCCCGUGACAAGAAUGGAAGGGAAGGAUACAUCCCCAGCAACUAUGUCACCGAAACCAGCAAUUCCCUGGAGAUUUAUGAGUGGUACUCAAAGAAUAUCACUCGGAGCCAAGCAGAGCAACUGCUGAAGCAGGAGGGUAAGGAAGGGGGCUUCAUUGUCCGAGACUCUACCAGCAAGACAGGGAAAUACACUGUCUCUGUUUAUGCCAAGUCUGCUGUAGACCCCCAAGGGGUGAUCCGCCAUUACGUUGUAUGCUGCACCCCUCAGAAUCAGUAUUACCUGGCAGAAAAGCACCUGUUCAACACCAUCCCAGAGCUCAUCACGUACCAUCAGCACAACUCUGCCGGGCUCAUAUCCAGACUGAAGUAUCCCGUGUCUCGACACCAGAAAAGUGCCCCUUCCACAGCUGGCCUGGGCUAUGGGUCGUGGGAGAUUGACCCGAAGGACCUGACCUUCCUGAAGGAACUGGGGACAGGGCAGUUUGGCGUGGUGAAGUAUGGGAAAUGGAGAGGCCAAUACAACGUUGCCAUCAAGAUGAUCAGGGAGGGCUCCAUGUCAGAAGAUGAGUUUAUCGAUGAAGCCAAAGUCAUGAUGAACCUAUCUCAUGAGAAGCUGGUGCAGCUCUAUGGGGUCUGCACAAAGCAGCGUCCCAUCUUCAUCAUCACUGAGUACAUGGCCAACGGCUGUCUACUGAACUUCCUGAGGGAAACUCAGCGGCGGUUCCAGCCUGCUGAGCUGCUGGAAAUGUGCAAAGAUGUCUGUGAAGCUAUGGAGUAUCUAGAAUCCAAGCAGUUUCUGCACCGAGACCUGGCUGCUCGCAACUGUUUGGUGAACGACCAAGGGAUUGUGAAAGUCUCAGAUUUUGGCCUUUCCAGAUACGUUCUGGAUGAUGAGUACACAAGCUCCAUGGGGUCAAAGUUUCCAGUUCGGUGGUCUCCUCCUGAAGUUCUCCUGUACAGCAAGUUCAGCAGCAAAUCCGACGUGUGGUCGUUUGGCGUGCUGAUGUGGGAGGUUUACUCUCUGGGAAAGAUGCCUUACGAGAGGUUUAACAACAGCGAGACCACAGAGCACGUCAUCCAAGGCCUGCGCCUCUACAGGCCUCAGCAGGCUUCAGAGCGGGUCUACGCCAUCAUGUACAGCUGCUGGCACGAGAAGGCCGAGGAGCGCCCCACCUUCACCGCGCUGCUGGGCAGCAUCGUGGACAUCACAGACGAAGAGCCGUGACCAUCCCCAGCCGCCCUCCCUUCCCGGUGCCGGUGGCUGGAACUAACGGGCCGGGGAAACGGGACGGCACCUGGGCAGCCGCUGUGCGCACAGCGCGGGCUGAGGAGCCCCACAGAACCCCUCAAUAAACCCCUCCU